CAGGGUGACAUAAAUGUAGUGUAAAAGCAACAAAAUAAUAUACGUACACACAUAUAUAUAUAUACAUAUAUACACAUGUAUUUGCCCUUUUACAUACCAGCAACAACAAAAACAAAAGCAAAAGGCAAAAUGCGUACAUUAUGCGAGCGGCGAUCCAUGCGUGGGAAUACGAGACACACAGAGUAAGAGUGAGAGCAAGAGGCGACAAUAACGUAUGACGAAACCACACAGCAGAUGCGGGAGGCGGUGAAAGAUGUUGACCCCCCUCAAAAUGGGGCGUUUUUGUAAUACUCGGUAACUGGUUUUUGAUUGGAAACGCGACAACAAAAUUGCGGCGCACGCACAAACGACCACCGAACCGACGACGACGAACUAAAAAGUACUACUGAACGCGGUGUGACCAACGCAGACCAAACGAUACCUAAGAGUAGUAUUGUACAACAGACUCGUUGCUUCACUUUGAUUGGUUUGCAUGCGAUACCAAUUUAGCAUUUUUGCUGUAACCGCAUGCGGUCACACUAGUAAAUCGCAUAUGUAAACAAAAAUUCAACCGCAUAAAAUGAAUCCGCUAACGAAUAUGCGAAAUGUGCUUAAAUUAAGCGAACUCGAGCUUAAAAAUCCCAGUGCCAAGAGCUGGCAUGAUAUGUACCGUGACUCUGCAUGGAUAUUUGUAGCCGGCUUUCCAUACACACUCUCCGAAGGUGACAUCAUCUGCGUAUUCUCCCAGUAUGGCGAAAUUGUAAACAUAAAUCUGGUGCGAGACAGCAAAACGGGCAAAUCAAAAGGAUUUUGUUUCUUAUGCUACGAGGAUCAGCGCUCCACGGUGCUGGCCGUGGACAAUUUAAACGGCAUCAAAAUCAUCGAUCGCACACUGCGCGUCGAUCAUGUGGCGGACUACAAGCCUCCCAAGGACAACGACAAGCUGGACGAGGAGACGCUUCGCCUUUACAUGGAAGGAUGUGCGCCGCAGCCUGUGACUAAACCAAGUUCUGCUCCAACUGAGCCCGAAUUAAUUAAACCCAAUAAUAUAAAGCAGGAAAAAACCAAGCGCAGCAAGAGCUCCAAGGAGAAAAAGCACAAAAAGCGCCGCAAUAGCUCCGAUUAGUCUUUAAAUUAUAAAUAAAGAUUGUUCCGUACCCUCACA